AGCGUGUAAACCAUAGGUUUAGGUUUUUAGUUUGGUGUUGCUGUUACCCUUCAUGGCGCUUACCCUUCAUGAAAUCGAGAAAUAUCUGCGCUGGGAGGGGGGGCCUGCUGCUAGUGCUGGAGAUUUAUGAGCUGAUACAGAGCUGUUGGGCACGUCGUGGCGCCAAUGUGGCUCACUACGAGGAAUUGAGCUCGUUGCUGUCACGUUGGCGGGACUGCUAAGCGGGUAUCUGGCACUGGCACUGGCUCUUGGCUGGGCGUGUUGUAUGAUGGCUGCACCAGCGGUCCUUAGAACUGACCAGCCCGCUCGAGGUGAUGAUCUGUCAACUCCAGCCCUGAGGGCAAACCUCGGGAUCCUGGCGGACUGGGAGGCUGAGCUUGCCCGCAUCCUGCUCUCAGAAGGACAGGGGCACUUGUUUGAAAAUUGGCCUCCACCCCUCAAUGCAGAUGCUGACAAGCAUCGAUUCUUCAAGCAGGUCCAGAAGCUGGACGCCAGCUAUCCAGGGGGCCUCAGGGCUUACAUCAGCAAUGCACGCAAGCUGCUGCAAGAGUCGAGAGACGGGGUGAACCCGUUUGAUGGUUGGACCCCAUCUGUUCCUAGCGGGGAAGUUCUGACCUAUGGCAACACCGCCUUUUCUCGAUAUGAAGCGGAGGGGGUGCGGCAAGCAAACGACGCUGCAUUUGUGCUGGUGGCGGGGGGACUGGGAGAAAGGCUGGGGUACAGCGGUAUCAAGGUGGCUCUUCCCUCCAACAUCGUGACCGAUGCGUCCUUCCUCCAGACCUACGUAGAGAGCAUCCUGGCCCUCCAAGACGCCAGCAACGCAGUUGCAGAGGAUCGUGACGACGGCUGCCAAUGCCUCCCCGGAGUGUGCCCUCCGCAGUGGACCAGCUUCUUCCCAGCACGCACAGUCCCCAGCGGGCCUCGAAGGAUCCCGUUCGCCAUCAUGACGUCAGACGACACGCAUGCCCGCACCCAGAAGCUGCUGGAAGAGCAUGCGUACUUUGGGAUGGAUAAGGACCAAAUCACGCUGAUCAAGCAGGAGAAAGUUGCCUGCCUUGCUGACAACAGCGCUUCUCUAGCCCUGGAUCCAGACGACAAGUUCAGAAUACUGACAAAGCCUCAUGGUCACGGGGAUGUCCACAGCCUCCUCUACUCCUCGGGACUCCUCAAGGACUGGCAAGCAAAGGGCGUAAAGUGGAUCCUUUUCUUCCAGGACACCAACGGUCUCAUAUUCAAGGCCGUCCCCUCCUCUCUUGGCGUCAGCGCCACCCGCAGCUACGACGUCAACUCGCUGGCCGUCCCCCGGAAGGCAAAGGAGGCCAUUGGGGGCAUUACGCGGCUCACGCACAAGGAUGGCCGCAAGAUCGUGAUCAACGUGGAGUACAACCAGCUGGACCCCAUGCUGCGCUCGUCCGGCUACCCGGACGGCGAUGUGAAUGACCCCUCCACGGGGUUUUCACCCUACCCCGGCAACAUCAACCAGCUGGUGAUCAAGCUGGAGUCGUACGUCAAGGAGCUGAGCAAGACCAGGGGCCUCGUGCCGGAGUUUGUGAAUCCCAAGUACAAGGACUCGAGCAGAACCUCGUUCAAGUCACCCACACGGCUCGAGAGCCUGAUGCAAGAUUACCCCAAGAGCCUCAGCCCCUCUGCCGACAUCGGCUUCACUGUUCUGGACGUUUGGCUGGGCUACGCCCCCGUGAAAAACAACCCGGAGGACGCUGCCGCUAAGCUUGCCGCCGGGACCCCCCCUCACAGCGCAACGUCCGGCGAGGCGGCCCUCUACAGGGCGAACUGCCUGAUCCUCCGGGCGGCAGGAGCCAAGGUCGCAGACCCUCGAACUGUACGGUACAAUGACCAGGAGACGGAGAUGUGGCCACGUGUCGUCUGGAGCCCCAAGUGGGCGCUCACGCUUGCUGACGUCAAGGCGAAAGUACGCGGCGCGUCCGUGGAGAUAGCCCAGGACGCUGUUCUAAUUUUGGACGGUCCGGAGAUCUACCUGGAGGCGAUGAAGCUGGACGGGGCGCUGGUGAUCCGGAGCAAAGAAGGCGCAAAGGUCCGGGUUGCCGGCUUGGACGUCCGAAACAAGGGCUGGACCUUCCAGUCCAUAGGCUGGCAAGACCGACGAGAACCUGAGGAGCUACGAGUGCGGGGUUACAAGCUAGUGAAGCGGGAACAGAAGGAGAUUGAAUUCGACAAGCCAGGAGAGUUUGUCGUCUCUCACUGACCAAGAAGAGAAAGGGAGAGACACAAGAAAGCAUAAAAGGGCUUCGGUGGGCCUUCUGCGGAAACCCCCGACAGACUUGCAGGAAAGCUAAGCGACGGGUCUAGCAUCCAGAUAAUUCGACUUCGCUUCUCAAAAUCAGGUCUGGCACCCCACAAUUUUGUAGAUAAUUGACAUGGUCUACCGUGCGCAUAACUAGGUGAUCAGAGGCGGCCAAUGUUGAGUUGACAAUACUUUUGUUCGAUCAUCGGGCUGCUAAAUCUCUGCAUGUGGCGACGACCGUCCUUUCUAAGGAAACUUGCCAUAAUGCAUGUGCAAACUUUAA